GCGCCGUCGCUGCAGACGGCCGCCCGGCUGGCCUGGCUGGUGACGCGUCUGGAGACGGAGGGCGAGGCGCACCGCGGCCGGCUGGUCAAGGCGGUCGAACAGGCGGUGGUCGGGCUGAGCUGGCCGGCCGCGAGGGGCGAGCCAGAGGCGGGCGUUGGUGGAGCCGCGAGUGUCGUGUUGUCGCGGCUGCCGCGCGACUGGGCCGACCGGCUGGCCGAGCUGGUCAGGCAGGUCGGCCGAGCCCGACUCGAGAGCGCCUCGCGCGCCGACGACUGGCGCCUCGCGGCGCAAGAGAUGAGCGCAGCCACUGGCGCCGCCGCGCGUCUUGAAGAGGAGGCCUGUGCGCUGGUCGCCUUGGCGACAGGAGACGGUGAUGUCGGGCAAGCUGAGGAGGCGGUGGCGGCUGCGCAGCGGCUGCGCCGAGCCGCCUUGCCCGGCCUGCAGGAGCGCGUGUCCGGACUGGCCAGUUCGCAGGCGGGCCAGUUGACGGGCGAACGCAGCGCCGACGCGCCAGUGCCGGCGUUGGCCGCGCUGACGCGCGCUCUUGACGCGGCCCGGUCGGCCGUGGACGCGGCCAACCGGGCGGCCGGCGAUCGGCUGGCGGGCUGGCGGCGCUUCGAGGCCGCGCUGGGCGGCGCGGCUGAGGCGCUGCGCGAGGCCGAGACACGACGCCGUCGGCUCGCCGCGUCAGCGAGCCCCGCGGACAAGCGCGCGCGGCUGGAGGCGCGCUUGGCCGACUUGCGCCAGCUGGCGGCCGACGCGACCGACGCGACCGGCGCGGCCCAAUUCAAAGUUGCCGUCGCCAGUUCGGAGGCGGUCGAUGCCUCGCCGGCGGCUGCGCCAGCAGCACAGCCCGGCAGCCUCGCGGCCGCCGUCUCCGAAGCUGCUGAUUGGCUGAGCCGACUGCGGCCUGCGCGGCUGCCCGCCGCCUGGACAGCGCUGGGCGUGUGUCUGGCGAACCACGCAGAAGCCUGCGACGCGCUCGUCGCACGACUCGCCCAGGCCCAAGCUCGAGCGGCCGACUGCAGUCAAGCGGCCGACUGGCUCGAGGCCGAGCUGUCCGAGCUGACCGCGUGGCUGUCCGAGACGCAGGCCGGCCUCGAGAACGCCCCCGUCGCCCUCACGCUUCGGCCACACGACGCCGACGCCGACGCUGACGCCGGCGGGGUGUCGGUGAGGCGCCGCUUGAUGGAGGAACUGGAGGCG